UUACUUCAGCUUAUAACUCUGAUAAUAAAUUAGGCUUAUCAACAACCUAUUUGAAUGAGCUUUAUCUCUCAUGUAAUAUAAUAUUAAUUUUACUCCAUAAUAGUUUUUGGCAAUUAAUAAAACUAUCAAAUUCAUUACUUAUUCCUUAUUGUAGAGUUCUUAACAAAUUGCAAUCUGAUACUGCUCAUCUUUAUGAA